GAACGAUCCCAGUCCUUGCGCACCACCUCCUCGGCUUCAUCAGCAGGGUCAACCCGCCGCGCUCGUGCGCUCGACCGAGCCCAGAUGGCACGUGUCAUCUCCCUCGACCGGGAGGCACAGCGGAAAGCCGACCUAGCACGUCAAGAAUCAGCACCAUCGGUCUCGAGCGGUCUCCCAAGCCCGCAUAUAAGCACCCCCAACCCGUUCGAGGAGACUAUCAGGUUUGAAAGUCCUGCGCCUAUGAACGGGCUGGUUAGGUCUGCUAGUCAGAUUGAGCGCUUGGGGCCUAAGAGAAUGGACACGACGUCGAGUAGUUACAGCCGGUCGAGUUUCCGCUAGAGCAGCGUAUGGUAGACAACAUCGUAUAAUGACA